AUAAGCAGAGACUGUUGCACUGUGUGCAGCAUUACCCAGGAUUCUCUCCCGACUCCCGGGGAUUAUCCGCUGUUUUCAUUGUUUCGUGUCCUAUAUCUAUCUUAUUCUACAUGCAUACAUACAUGUACACGCGCAUUAAUGUCAAUUGUUAGUCAAUUACUGGCUAUAGACACACAAAUAACUCUCGAUACCUCAUAAAUAAAAGCGUGAUAAGCAUCGAAGUUUUCCAAUUAAGAGAGAUGGACACAUCAAAAAGAGCUGAAAUGGAAUAUGACGAAGUCCCAUUGGAUCUUAGCACAAAGAAAAAGGAAGAUAGCACAGAAAAUAUACGCAAUAGCAAAAAUGGUGAUAAGGAAAUUUUUUUCAUACCUAACUUACCCAUACAAAGUAUUACAAGCAUUCCAGAUAAUUUAUUAUCUAUUGAGUGUGAACUUUCUCGAAAAUUGAGAUUACUCAGUUUUAAUUUUCCUGUUGAGUACGUGUAUAAUCCUAUUGACUAUGCAUUUCAAGCUCAUGCUAUGUACGUAACAAGAUACUGCAAGACAACGAAAAAAAUUUUGUUUCUUGGAAUGAAUCCAGGACCUUGGGGUAUGUCACAAACGGGAGUGCCAUUUGGUGAAGUAAAUGUUGUGAGAGACUGGAUGCAAAUAAAAUGUAAUAUUGGAAAGCCUGUUCGUGAACAGGCUGAUAGAAGAGUAACAGGGUUUAAUUGUAAGCGUAGUGAGAUUAGUGGUCGUAGAUUUUGGAAUCUAUUUAGAGACAUAUGCAACGAAGAUAUAGAUAAAUUUUUUAGACAUUCAUUCUUGCACAAUUAUUGCCCAAUUGCUUUGAUGGAUCAAGGAGGUCGAAACAUCACUCCUGCUGAAUUAAAGGGUCAAGAACAGUACACUUUAUUUGAAGCAUGUGACAGAGCAUUAGCAUCUGUAUUAAAAUUACUUCAAGUAGAGAUAGUAUUAGGAGUAGGAAGAUUUGCAGAAAAAAGGGCCCAAACCGUUGUUAAAACAGAUGGUCUACCAGUAAAGGUUUUGUGUAUUCCACAUCCAAGUCCAAGAUCAGUAGGUAAUGAAAAUUGGAAUCAGAAAGCCAAACUUAAGCUAGAAGAAUACAAGUUAAUGGAUUAUUUUUUAAAUUAAAUCAAAUUC